GCAGCAGGAGUAUUAAUUUGAAAGGCAGAGCAUCAUCAUCCAUCCAUCCUGGGCUUUAAGGAAGCAGGAGGUCCCAGCAGAAAGGAAGCUAAAAAUACUGUCCUACCGCAUGACGCAAAACUAGCGUGCUUGCUGUGUGUGAUCCCGCCCGCUGCUCACUGCAGUGACUGUGCUGCGGUGCUCUGCUCCCUGUCUCCCCCUCUCCUCCUCCACUGGUCCAUGCUGCAGACACCGGCACAAGGAGACAUGCUUACAUUCCUCGUAGUGUCUGGUGGGUCCAUCUGGCUGCUGAUGGAGUUUGCCUUUUCGUUAUUUGAAAAGAUGCAGACACAAGAAUUCUUCCAGAUCUUGAGGUUCCCAGCAUUUGACGAUUUUGGCACUGCUUUGAAAAGUCUGCCUACAACUACUCUGAUAGGAAUAGGUGCUUGCGCUGCAAUAAUUACAUAUUGGCUAGCCACUCGGCCUAAACCAGUGGCACCACCAUGCAACCUUUUGAUGCAGUCUCAGGAAGUUGAGGGCAGUAAAGGUGCUCGCCGUUCCGUUUUAGGAGAUGGUCCUGAGCAACUUACACAUUAUUAUAAUGAUGCCAGGACCAUGUAUGAAGUAUUCAUGAGAGGAUUGCACAUUUCAGAAAAUGGUCCAUGUUUAGGAUCCAGAAAACCUAAUCAACCUUAUGAGUGGUUGACAUAUAAAGAGGUCUCAAACAGAGCGCAAUGCUUAGGAUCUGGAUUACUGCACCAUGGAUGUAAGCCUUCCCCUGACCAAUUUAUUGGAGUAUUUGCACAGAACCGUCCAGAGUGGAUUAUCUGUGAGCUUGCCUGUUACACAUAUUCUAUGGUGGUUGUACCCCUCUACGAUACACUGGGGCCCGGAGCUAUUCGAUACAUCAUCAACACAGCUGACAUUUCAACAGUCAUUUGUGACAAGCCAGAGAAAGCUAGGCUUCUCUUGGACCACAUAGAGAAAGGAGAGACACCUGGGCUCAAGUCAAUUGUUCUCAUGGACCCUAUAGAUGAACAAUUAGUGCAAAGAGGAAAUAGUUUUUCGGUGCGCAUUAACACGAUGAUGGAACUAGAGGAAUGUGGAGCAAGUUGCAAGAAACCGCCUGUGCCACCAAAACCAGAAGAUCUUUCAAUUGUGUGUUUCACCAGUGGAACCACAGGAAACCCUAAAGGUGCUAUGUUAACUCAUGGCAAUGUGGUGGCGGACUUUUCUGGCUUUUUAAAAGUGACAGAGAGUCAGUGGUGCCCAACAUCUGAGGAUGUACACAUUUCCUAUUUGCCUUUAGCACACAUGUUUGAGAGAAUGGUUCAGUCAGUAGUGUAUUGUCACGGCGGAAGAAUUGGGUUCUUUCAGGGUGACAUCCGUCUGUUAUCUGAUGACAUGAAGACUUUGAGGCCAACUAUCUUCCCUGUCGUACCAAGACUAUUAAACAGAAUGUAUGACAAGAUUUUUAGCCAGGCAAACACACCAGUUAAGCGCUGGAUACUUGAAUUUGCAUCUCGAAGGAAGGAAGCUGAAGUAAAGCGAGGCAUUAUAAGAAACAACAGCCUGUGGGAUAUACUGAUGUUUAAUAAAGUACAGGCAAGUCUUGGAGGACGUGUUAGGAUGAUUGUAACCGGAGCAGCUCCAGCAUCCCCCACGGUUUUAGCAUUCCUUCGAGCAGCCCUUGGAUGUCAGGUCUAUGAAGGUUACGGACAAACAGAAUGUACAGCUGGCUGCACAUUCACUACGCCUGGAGACUGGACAUCAGGGCAUGUUGGCGCACCACUACCAUGUAAUUACAUAAAACUUGUUGAUGUGACAGAUAUGAACUAUUUUGCUUUCAAAGGAGAAGGAGAGAUAUGCGUCAAAGGACCCAAUGUUUUUAAGGGGUACCUUAAAGACAAAGUAAAAACAGCUGAAGCAUUGGAUAAAGAUGGUUGGCUUUACACGGGAGAUGUCGGAAAAUGGUUGCCGAAUGGAACACUAAAAAUCAUAGACCGUAAAAAACACAUAUUCAAACUGGCACAAGGAGAGUACAUCGCACCAGAAAAAAUUGAGAACAUCUAUUUGCGCAGCGAGCCCGUAUCUCAAGUUUAUGUUCAUGGGGACAGCCUGCAGGCCUUCUUAGUGGGCAUAGUUGUCCCUGAUGUAGAAGUGAUGCCAGGAUGGGCCCAAAGGAAAGGAUUUGAGGGAUCAUAUACUGAACUCUGCCACAAUUUGGAUCUGAAAAAAGAAAUAAUGAACGACAUGGUGAGACUUGGAAAAGAGAGCGGUUUGCAUUCAUUUGAGCAGGUAAAAGCUAUUCACAUUCAUACAGAAAUGUUCACCGUCCAGAAUGGUUUAUUGACACCAACUUUUAAAGCAAAGCGGCCUGAACUGAGAGAUUUCUUCAAGCAAGAAAUCCAAGAACUUUACUCCAGUGUCUCCAUAUAGUGAACUACGGCAAAAAAUGCCCUAAUAAAGUUGGAAUUCUGCGUUCAACAUAAAGAGAAAGGAUUAAUUGUUUUAUUUUCUGGAUUUUAACUUCUGUAACCCAUUUAUUAUCUCAGUGCUUGGAAUGCAAAAUCAACCAAGUGAAAAUGAGAUGGUUAUAUUAACCAGAUUUGUAAUGACACUAUUAGCAGCAUGACAAUAUUUACAGUAUUUACACCCGAGCAAACUAAAAAUGAAAUACAGAUUGUACAGUAUGCCAGCCAGAUUCAAAAAGGACAUACUUUUUUUCUGGACAAUAUAUUUGAGAAAGAAACAGAGAAUACUAGAUUAAAUUAUAUAGGUGUGAAUGCACGGAACUGUGAAAAAAAGAAUGGAUUACUCUAUCUUCUGGAUUGCUAGGACAUUUCUGUCCUUUUUAUAUUGUAUUUCAUAUUGUCAGCUGUACAGAUUUAAAAAAAAAAAUUAAUAAUUUCCAAUAAAAAAAAAAGUACGCCUGGCCUAAAUAACAGGGUUUUUUGUGUAUUCUUGA